GAAUAGACCUAAAUUCACUCAUCCAAACGCACGCCGGCAGGAACGAGGGAGAACCGCGGUUUGAUUUAAACAAAACUAGGGUUUUAAUUUCUAGUCUCGGACUACGUUUUGAGUUCAAAACACGCGAGAAAGAGGUACCCGUCAUUUUAAUACACGCAACAACUCUCAUCCUGCACAAGAUUUGUAUUUGCUUGGUCUGCAGUUGACCAAAUCUUCUCCAAAAAAUCCGUCUUUAAACGCCAGCAUUCUGAGAUUGUAAUUAUUGAUUGCGGAGAAAGAUCUUUGUUCAGGAAACCCCAAAACAAGGGCUUUUGUGUUUUGAAUGUGCUCGGAUUCGAUCCAGGGGACAAGCAAACAGCAUUAAGGCAGAGUUUUUAAAUGGAAAUGUCUGCCGGCUCUUCGAAAAUAUUCGAGAAAGAUCAGAAGAAAAAAUUCAAAGAUUCCGAUGAGUUACAUUUGAGAUCGGGCUACUUGAAGGCGGUGCAACGCGCAGGUUCGAAUCCCGUGCUGGCCUGUAUGCCGAAAACGGCGUCUAUUAUAUCUGCGUAUCAGAUGGUUCCACUCAGUCCAGGCAGAGACUUUGCUUGUAGGACUAAUAGACCAGGUGGCAUCAAAUGUCAGAUUUCUUUAAUUCCUAGGGAAGCCAUGGAAAAGAAGAAUGACCACGGGUUCGAACCUCAGGAGCCUACGUCUCCCAAGGUGUCGUGUAUUGGACAAGUGAAGAAGAAGAAACAGGCCUGCAAGGAAAAGCACAGGCAAAGGAAGUCUCAGGAUCGACCCCCGCUGCCGUCACAAAUGAAAACCCUAGAAUUGGGGCCUCGCGGCGCAAAGCUUUCCAAGCUGAAAAGUUUUUUCUCCAGCAAGAAAGUGACGGAAACGGCGUACUUUUGUGAGUCUCCAGAGGCGGAUUUAAAGAAUUCUCCCUCGCUCGGGCGAAUGAAACGGUUCACUUCUGGUCGCGAUUGCGAUGCACUGGCAAAUGUAUGGAGAGAUUCACAGAAAUUGGAAGAAAGAUGUAGUGAUGAAACGAACGAUGCAAAGAUUUCGCCUUUGGUGCUUUACUCAGGGCCUCUGAUAAUUGAAAGUAAGGAUCAAAAGCCAAAGCCUGAAAUUAAUUUGUGGAAGCGGCGCUCUGUGGCUCCGCCCAUGGCUUUGAAUCUCUGCACUUCUAAUGGCUUAGAAACCAGACUGCCUUUAACUACAUGAUCACAGGAGGUUUCUCUUCUUUUGUAUUUUUUUGGACCAUUUGCAGAGAUGAUCUUCUUUGUAAGCUGUUAUCAUUGUACAGUGUAUUGAAUAAUGAAAUGGCUUGUGAUGGAUAAUAAUUUUUUUUAA